ACAGAAUAUUUACAACAGGAAGGCGGAGGUUUGGGUGCGGAGGUCGUCAGUACGAGUCAGGAUGACGCGGUGCGAGUCAAGAGACAAGCAACCAGCUCUUCCGGGCUGUUCGACCGCUGCGCUCAAGGUCCCCCUGGGCGAGACGGACGGGAUGGGUCUGCCGGACAGCCUGGACAGGACGGACAGCCCGGGACGGUGGGACAACCCGGGACGGCGGGACAGCCCGGGACGGACGGACAGCCCGGGACGGACGGACAGCCCGGGACGGACGGACAGCCC